AUGAGUAAUGGGAGUUACAACUUUGUUCCAAUCGUCGACAAUCGAACUGUUUUCUCUGAUUAUUCUGCGAGGGCUGAGAGUGGGGGAUUGGCAAACUUGCCAACAUUGGCGGGAGUUAAUACGCGAGAAACCUCCGCGCUUUUCUCCUUGAGCUUGAGUUCAGUCAAUGAGACUGAAAUAUAUGACGACCUCCAAACAACUUUCAACUGUCCCCUUCAAGAGUCGGUCAGAAUACGACUGGAGCAAAAAGUGCCAAUAUGGCGAUACCUCUACCAUGGCAAUUUUACGAAUCUUAGUCCAACUUCCUGGCUUGGUGCCUACCACACUGGGGAGGUACCUAUGGUCUUUGGGACAUAUAACAUGUCUCUAUCGGAAACGGGCCCAGCUUCAAUGGAAGAAAUUGCCGCAAGCAAGUAUAUUCAAGAUGCCUGGGUUGCAUUUGCGAAAGAUCCCCAAAAUGGCCUCCACAGGUUUGGAUGGCCGCAGUUCAACUUUGACGGGGAUACUUUGAUCAAUCUUGCAUUGAACAAUACAUCUACUGCAAUUUUCACAUCUUCUGAGGCCUGGGAUAGUCCUUGCAACGGGGGUACUUUUGUACCGUGA